AUGUCAAACAAAUUCGUUUAAAAAGGAAUAUCAGAAAUAUAGAAGUAUGCAAAAGCUCUUUUGGGAAACAAAAACUAUGUCUAAAAGAAGCUAGCAUAAGAUCCAAAUUAUUUCACUAAGUUAGCAUAGGGUUAGAGUCCAAAAUAUCUAUUAAUUGGAUGUUCUGAUUCUAGAGCUCCUCCAAAUGAAUUGACAGAGACCGAACCAGGUGAAAUCUUCAUUCAUCGUAACAUAGCUAAUGUUGUCAACAUUACAGACUUAAAUGUAAUCAUUCUUAAGUCAUCUUUAGUUAAAUUGUGUAGUCUAAUAUGCUGUAGAACAUCUAAAAGUUCAUAACAUCAUUAUUAUGGGUCAUACAUAUUGUGGAGGUGUAAAGGCAGCCAUGUAAUAAGACUCUGUAGGUGGUUUAUUAGAUCUUUGGCUCAAUAAUAUCAAACAUGUAUAUGAGAAGAAUCAACAUAUUGUAAAUCAAUUUGAGAAUGAGAAUGAUCGAGUAGCAUGCUUGUCUGGAUUAAAUGUUAGAGAAUAAGUACUUAAUAUGUGGAAAAAUCCAAUAGUAUAGAAAUCUUGGGAAAUUGGACAUCGUAUCUUAUUUACUUAAUUUUUUUAGCUGUUAUGGUACAUGGAUGGUUAUUAAGAGUAGAAACAGGAUAUAUUGAAGAAUUGUAAGUAGAUGAGAAUAUUCCUGAAAGUUUAUCUGAUGUAUUUAGAUUGCAUUUCAAAAGUGCUUAACAAGCAGCACAAAAUCAGCAAUCUAAUUAAUAAUUAAAUAUUCCAACUUCUAAUAGUUAGAAAUUCUAACAAAUGUAAAAUAAAUUAGUAACAGAAUUCUUGAAACAUUCAAACCAUUCUUAAGAUUGUAAUCAUGAUAUGGUUAACAAAAUUUCUGGUGCUCUUUAAGAUGACCCCCAUUUUAAAAAAGAAAAUAAAUGA